CAAGUCACUUUGUCGUCCGGCAGGUAAGAACCGUCCUCCUUCCUUCCAGAAGAGUCCGCCUGACGCUCAGCCAGUCUUCACCAUGUCCGAGACCGCCGAGGCCUUGUCGGCCAACCAGGAGAGUCGCAGGAACGUGACCAUCGAGAUCACCAACCUCACCAGCGACUACGCCCUCAUGAACCCCAAGGUCUACCUGGACAGCGGCAACUGCCACAGCCCCCCCCAGCCCACCGUGCGCCCCCUCAAGACCGAGGUGUGCAACUUCAGCAAGAGCAAGGCGGCCACCUCGGGCGCCGUGGGGGUGAUGACCUACGAGAUCUUCCACCGGCAGAGCCACCAGCCGCUGGAGAAGCUGGCCAUCAUGUUCUCCGUGCCCUUCGACUACCGGGUGUACAAGAACUGGGUGGGUGUGGGCCUCUACCCCACCGGCAGAGAGACGGACGAGAAGCUCUACAAGGAGAUGUACUACGACAAGGACAUGAAGAGCUUCGUGCGCCAGGAGGCCAAAGGAUGCUGCCUGGACUUCCACGACACCAAGAUGGACGUCAAGGUCACCAUGUCCCCCAUCGGGCGCUGCAUCAUGAAGGUGGAGCUGUGGGACAAGCUCUUCACCUGAAACUCACCUGUCUGCCACACCUGUACAAUAAAGAUGACACACACACCCGCU